CCCUUUCUCUAUCCCUAUAUAUACCCACACGCACGCCACCAAUCCAACACCAACGCGAGCUCACACUGCCACACUCCUGCACCGAAGAACUUCUUGUACUUACUUAAUUACACAGGCGCAUCACAUAGCUUCGAUCGUCAUUGCUGCGAUGGAGCUCGUGCCGGACAAUGCCGCCGGCGUUGCGGCGGCAGAGCAGUACCGCGGGGUGAGGAAGAGGAAGUGGGGCAAGUGGGUGUCCGAGAUCAGGGAGCCUGGCAAGAAGACGCGCAUCUGGCUUGGCAGCUUCGAGUCGCCGGAGAUGGCCGCCGUGGCGCACGACGUGGCCGCGCUCCGGCUACGGGGGCACGAGGCCAGGCUCAACUUCCCGGGCCUCGCCCACCUCUUCCGCCGGCCGGACACCGCCGAGCCUGACGACAUCCGUGCGGCUGCGCUGGAGGCCGCGGCGCAGGUCCGGUUCAGGCCCGACCUCCUGCUACAGCCGGGCGGCUGUGGCAGCAGCGGCGGCGGCGGCGGCUUCCCGGACCGGAUCGAUGACGCGGCGUGGGAUGUCCUGCUUCGCUCUGAUGAUCUGGAGCCCGAGUCGCCCAACAUGUGGGCGGAGCUGGCGGAGGCCAUGCUCUUGGCCCCACCUGUCUGGGAGGGCAGCGCGGUGGACAAUGACGAGUGGUCCCAAGGCUCGCUCUGGGACCCAUCUUGCUGGAGCUACUGAUCGCACAACUUUUGGUUCUUUGGAGGUUGAAAUUAAUUAAAAUUUUCCGAGAGAUAACAGAAAAUUUAGGGAUUCCAUUGAGCUUAA